AUGGAAGCUAAAACAACUGAAUGGCGACCGGGGCCAACUGUGUGCAGAUGUUGCCUUGCCGAAGGAUGUUAUAAGGACAUUUCAACGGAAUAUUUCUGGAUGGGAAAGCGGGAAGUUUACGCGGAAAUGCUUUUAGAAACUUUCGAUUUGAAUAUUUCCUACUCACAAUCCGGUGGGCCGAACAGCAAUAGUCGUUUGAUCUGCGAGCCUUGCAUAUCUCGGUUAAGAGAUGCUGCGGACUUCAAGCGUCAAGUCACCGAGUGUGAACGGAGCUUCACACAGUACUUGGACCCAGUGGCUACGGAUAUUGAUGUGGACUUGGGACUGGAGAAGGAAGUUAAGAUUGAGCGUGUCAAGGAUGAAAAGUUGAUGAGUGAUGAUGAGUUUGUUGCCCCGGAGUUUGUUGAUGAUGAUGAUGACGAUGAUGAUCUCGAUGACCAACCUUUAACUAAAUUAGCAAGCAAAAUACCCAAAAAGGAAUCCGUUGAUGUACUAGACUUGUUGGAUAAUGCCAAAGUUACUGAAAAGAGGAAAUCAUCGAGCAAAUCAAAAUCAUCACCGGCCAAAAAGUCUAAAUUGAAAAAGGAAGUCGCUAGUUCAAGCAAAGUGAAACCCGAACCGAGGAAGAAGAAAGAGGAAUGGUCUGAUCCCGCGAGAGGCAACGCCGGUACCAUAAUAAAAUGUACAACCGCUUACCCCUUCAGAGUGAAUGAUAAGUGCAUUGUGUGCGUUUACUGCCAGGAACUGUACGAUGAUCCGGAACUGUUCAGACGGCAUAUGGAUGAUGAGCAUCCGACGUUCAACGUUAAAGUAGCCUUCCAUAAUAUACCGAAGUUAGAGUUCAUUAAGGCUGACCUCACGGAGUUGAGGUGUAGGCUCUGUGAUGGUCGCUUCGACAGUUUAGAAGUUAUAGCGGAACAUCUGAAAAGUACUCACAACGAGGCCAUAGAUCUGAACGCCAGGUUGGGUGUGAUGCCUUACGUUCUGAGGAAGGAUUUCUUUAAUUGCGUCGUCUGCGGCAAGAACUGCCCAUCACUAUUCCAUCUAAACAGGCACACGAUAACGCAUUUCUUGAGUUACGUCUGUCAUUUUUGUGGUAAAAGCUACGUUGCGACGACGGGUCUGCUUCGUCACGUGCGCUCGAAGCAUCAAGAGUAUAAGGUAUCGUGCAGGCGAUGCGGUAAGGUCUUCCCUAAUAUGGAGGCCAAGGAGAGGCAUAGAAGGACGGAAAAGUCUUGCAUGGCCUACUGCUGUUCCAAAUGCCCGGAGAGAUUCCACGAUUGGAAGCUUCGUAAACGUCAUAUGGAGACCGAGCACGGUCAGAGCAAACGUAUAGAUCGCUGUGCCGACUGCAAUAUAACAUUCAGCAAGGGUAGCGCCUACUACCAACAUUUCAAACUGAAACAUUCAAAAGAUUGCGUAGUCUGCAAACAUUGCGGCAUGAAAUUCAUUUGUCGUUCACGUUACAAGAGACAUUUAUCCACUCACGUGAGCUACACGGCCUAG